AGUGGUGGGGGCGUCCGUAUCGCUACCUCCUGUUUCCACAGCCCCCGCCCCACCGAGAGAGUCUCGCUCACGCCAUCUUGCGCCCCCCCCCACAUACAGCCCAGUCACCUUUUCUCUUUCUACAGUUUCUACCCCCCCCCCACUUCCAAGCGUGUCCCAGGCGCCGCAGCAGCUGAAACCGCAUCAACUCUACCCCCACAAUCUCCACGCGGGACGCGCAGCCUUGCCUACAAGUGUUCUUAAAGCAGAGAUGAAUAAUACUGCAGCUAGCCCGAUGUCUACUGCCACUUCAAGUAGUGGAAGAAGUACAGGGAAGUCUGUAAGCUUUGCAACAGAAUUGCAGAGUAUGAUGUUUUCCUUAGGUGAUGCUAGGAGACCUCUUCAUGAAACAGCAGUUUUGGUAGAAGAUGUGGUACACACUCAGUUAAUUAAUCUGUUACAGCAAGCUGCUGAAAUUUCUCAGCUUCGGGGAGCAAGGGUAAUCUCUGCUGAAGAUCUUCUGUUUUUGAUGCGCAAAGAUAAGAAAAAACUUAGAAGAUUGCUAAAAUACAUGUUUAUCCGAGACUACAAAUCAAAGAUUAUCAAAGGCAUAGAUGAAGAUGAUCUUCUAGAAGACAAAUUGACUGGCAGCAGUAAUGCGAACAAAAGACAAAAGUUUGCUCAAGACUUUCUCAACUCUGUUGACCAGACAGGAGAACUUUUGGCAAUGUUUGAAGAUGACGAAAUUGAUGAAGUUAAACAAGAAAGAAUGGAGAGAGCUGAAAGACAGACUCGAAUUAUGGAUUCAGCUCAAUAUGCAGAAUUCUGUGAAAGUCGACAAUUAAGUUUCUCUAAAAAAGCUUCCAAAUUUCGAGACUGGUUGGACUGCAGCAGUAUGGAGAUAAAACCCAAUGUUGUUGCUAUGGAAAUUCUGGCAUAUUUAGCAUAUGAAACUGUGGCACAGUUAGUGGAUCUGGCUCUUCUUGUGAGGCAGGACAUGGUAACCAAGGCUGGGGACCCCUUCAGCCAUGCCAUUUCAGCAACCUUCAUUCAGUAUCACAACUCCGCUGAGAGCACUGCGGCCUGUGGUGUUGAGGCUCACAGCGAUGCCAUCCAGCCCUGCCACAUCAGAGAGGCCGUUCGACGCUAUGGCCGCAAGAUUGGCCCGCUUUCCCCAUUCACAAGCGCCUACCGCAGGAAUGGGACGGCUUUUCUAGCCUGCUGAUGUGCCCGUGCCCGUGCCUGCACCAACAGGAAAGGAUGAAGGUGAUUUCUUUUUCCUCCUUGAACAAAAUAAAAUACAAGUUUACUUUUGCUGUAUC